AUGUUGGCCGCCGAACGACUUCGGCUCCUCAUUGGAGUCUGCUUCGUCAUUUGCGUGGCCGCUGAUGCGGGAGGCGACUUUGCCAACAAUUUGUUCUCCGGCCUGGCACCGUACGUCUUCACCAGUUUGUCCAGCGAAGCCCGAGUUCUGGCAUCUUAUCGUACUCAGCUUCCAGCGCUCUUCGGAGAAAGCGUCACCAUGCAAUUCAUGAGCCAAUCCAUGGGCUGGGCCGACAGCAUCAUCCUGGCAAUGGCACCGUUGGGCAUAAUCACCGCGAUUGUUGGCGUCUUCGACUACUCCGGAAUCGCCGCCAAAUAUCUCACGGUCGGGUUACUCAAGAAUGGAAAUCCCGUCGCCGAGUAUACCUAUCCCUGCGUCGCAGCUGGUACGCUGCUCUUGGUACUUGACAUGCUCAUCUGCGACUACGUAGUCGAGAGCAGCCAUGUGGAAUUGAGACAGCAUCCGGCCGCUGGGAAGAGCAUUUGA